UCCCACCUGUGAAAGAAAUGCGUUAAGAAGGCCCUUUUGGGGGGCAUAAUCAUCGUCGUCCUAUCAAAAGAAAAUCCAAAAUCUCCGCUGUGUGUAUGUGUUCAGGCACUAAGCAGAGCACUUUAGAAAGUGAAAUCAAUGGGGUUUCUUCUCCAACUUCCUUCGUCUCUCUCAUUACGAGCGACUUCUCUUGCUAUGCGCACAAGACCCACCAGAGCAUCAUUUUUCCGACACACUUCUCUUAACCAAACACCAAUAAACGUGCAGAAAUGGGUUGCUGAUUUUCGAUCCAAAUCUUUGAAUUUCGCGCUUUCUGGGACUCUUGUUCUUGCAUUAUCUCUCACCGGAGUUGGAUUUGCGGAGGGAAAAACUGGGGUCAACAAGCCAGAAUUGCUUCCUGAGGAGUUCACUACAGUGAUUGAUGUUGCAGGGUUCCUCUCCGAUGGCCAGGAAAGCAGACUUGUGCAGCAGAUUGCUGCUAUUGAGAAGGAUACUGGAUUCAAAUUGAGAGUUCUAGCUCAGAACUACCCUGACACACCUGGAUUAGCAAUUAAAGAUUUCUGGCAAGUGGAUGAUAGAACUAUCGUCUUCGUUGCUGACCCUACCUUUGGAAACAUAUUAAAUUUCAACGUUGGGGCUUUGGUGGAUUUAGACAUACCACGUAGCUUUUGGAGUCGUCUAGCCGGAAAAUAUGGAAACAUAUUUUACUGGAAAGAGAAGGGAGAAGAUGCAUCUAUCGAAGCUGCUGUCGUGGCAAUAUCGAAUUGCUUGAGAGAACCAGUUGGCCCAAAUAAUUGUUCAGAUGUAAAAUAAAAUCACCAGCAUGCUGCAAAACUUUGUUUCUUGGCAAGUAACGGACUUGCACCAGGUUUUUUUACAACAAAUUAUGUACUUUUUUUUCUUUCUAGAGAGCUGUAUUGAAAACUAGAUUCAGUUAUGUUCUUGUAAAAGGGCGGAUAAAUAGUUAAAAGGAUAGAAAGUUAGAUGAAUAAAUAAAAUAUCA